AAUGACAUGUAUGGUGUACAACAUUUCACCACGUGACCUUUCCUUUUCCUUCAUCGUCCUUGUUGUUUCUUAUACUUUACAGAACACACACAUAGACACACACAGUUGCAUGUUGCAACUCCUACACUCAGAAAUAGAAACAAUCAAUCAAUCAGUUAAUGUUAUGUUAAUUACAUAUUAUUAUUAUUGAUUGAUGAAAUGUCUGAUCUAUUAUUCUCCAGAAGCUUCAACUGUCUCUGGUUUCCAUGCUUCAAUCUUCCUCCUAAACCAUCUUCCAAAAUCCUUCCAUUUUCUCCUUCAAUCCCAUUUCCCAGACGCUUCAUCUUCACUUCCACUCGCCACACCCAUGUGCUUCCCAAUUCAACCCCUGCUCCUCAACAACCUCAAGAAGAUAAUGAUGUUGAUGUUAUCUCUUCAACUCAGCGUUCGGAUGGAAGUUUUGUGUUUACAUUUGGUAAUGCUAAUGAGAUUAAAGAAAUGAUAGCUGAAUUAAACAAACAGAAACUUGUUACUGAUUCUGAGGGUGUUGUUGAGGAAGGAAGUGUUGGUGUUUUGCUGAAUGAUGAUGGUGUUGAAAAGUUUAGUAAUGAGGAUGAUAAUAGUAACUUAGGUGAAGAAAUUGAAUCAUCUUCAACUGUAGUAGUUUCCGUUGCUGAUCAAAAUUCUCAGCUUCUCGCGAGUGAAAAUGAAAGUAGUGUCGUUCUUGAUAGUUACCCUGAGAGUGAGACUCCUGUCAUCAAUGAUUUGCAAAUAAUUGAUAAACAUUUGAAGUUGGAUUCGGUUGAGGAUGGCGAUGAUGGUCAGCAUGGAAUUUGUAGUGAAGAUGUUGCUGCUGAGCCUAAUGUUGUUUCAAGUGUGUCUAAGGAAGAAGAUUCUCGAGUUGAUAGUCACAAAGAGGUUGUCGUUUCGACGGUUUCUCCAGAGUCAGAUGUGUUUUCUGAUCAUAGUAGUGGUACUACUGGGGAAGUUGAAGAGAAAGAAAAAGUUGACAAUGGUCGUGGUGUGGAUAGAGCAGCAACCAGCACAGCAGGUGGUGUUGAUGAUACUGAUUUAACUGAACUGGUGCAAGUAUCCACUUCCUUAGAGUCUGAUCAUUCUGUCAACAGAAUAACAAACAACCUGAUUGGGAAUGUUGAUGCUGACAUAAGUGAAUUGGAAGCAGUAUCCACUUCUUUAGAGUCUGACCAUGAUGAUUAUGGUGCAGGGGACAAUACUGGAAGUGUUGAUGCUGAUAUGACUGAAUUGGUGCCAGUUUCCACUUCUUCAGAGUCUGAACAAGUUGAUUAUAGUGCAAUAGACAAUCUGACUGGCAAUUUUGAUACUGACAUAACCGAAUCUGUGCCAGUAUCUACUUCUUUACAGUCUGAGCAAGAUGAUUAUACAGUAUCAGACAAUCUGACUGCCAGUAUUGAGGCCGCAAGAAGUGAAUUGGUGCCAGUACCCUUCUCUUUAGAGUCCAAACAAGUUAAUGAUAGUGAAACAGACGUUCCGGCUGGCAGUGUCGAUACUGACAAUAGUGAAUUAGUGCCGGUAUCCGCAUCUUUAGAGUCCGAACGAGUUGAUUAUAGCGCAGCAGACAAUCUGGCUGGUGGUGUUGAAGCUGAUGAUAGUGAAUUGGUACCAAUGUUGACUUCUUUGGAGUCUGAACAAGUAACAGACAACCUGACUGGCAGUAUUGAUGCCACAAUAGGUGAAUUGGUGCCAGUAUCCCGUUCCGUAGAGUCCGAACAAGUUGAUUAUAGUGCAGCAGACGAUCUGGCUGGCGGUGUUGAUGCUGAUGAUAGUGAAUUGGUGCCAAUGUCGACUUCUUUAGAGUCCGAACAAGUAACAGACAACCUGACUGGAAGUGUUGAUGCCGCAAUAAGUGAAUUGCUGCCAGUAUCCCCUUCCCUAGAGUCUGAACAAGUUAAUUAUAGCGCCGCAGAUGAUCUGGCUGGCAGUGUUGAUGCUGAUGAUAGUGAAUUGGUUCCAGUAUCCCCUUCCGUAGAGUCCGAACUAGUUGAUUUUAGUGCGGCAGACGAUCUGGCUGGCGGUGUUGAUGCUGAUGAUAGUGAAUUGGUUCCAGUAUCCCUUUCCGUAGAGUCCGAACAAGUUGAUUAUAGUGCAGCAGAUGAUCUGGCUGGCAGUGUUGAUGCUGAUGAUAGUGAAUUGGUGCCAAUGGUGACGUCUUUAGAGUCCGAACAAGUUGAUUAUAGUGCAACAGACACUCUGACUGGCAGUGUUGAUUCUACAAUAAAUGAAUUGGUGCCAGUAUCUCCUUCCUUAGAGUCCGAACAAGUUGAUUAUAAUGCAACAGACAAUCUGGCUGGCAGUGUUGAUGCUGAUGAUAGUGAAUUGGUGCCAAUGGUGACGUCUUUAGAGUCCGAACAAGUUGAUUAUAGUGCAACAGACACUCUGACUGGCAGUGUUGAUUCUACAAUAAAUGAAUUGGUGCCAGUAUCUCCUUCCUUAGAGUCCGAACAAGUUGAUUAUAAUGCAACAGACAAUCUGACUGGCAGUGUUGAUGAUGCUAACAAUAAUGAAUUGGUGUCAGUAUCUACUUCUUUAGAUUCUGAACAAGUUGAUUAUAGUGCAUCUGUUAACCUGACUGGUAGUGUUGAUGACGGCAUAAUAAGUGAGUUUGUGCCAGUACCAACUUCAUUAGACUCGGAACAGUCUGUUAAUAGAGAAACAGACCACCUGACCGAUGGUGGUGAUGCCGAGUUAAGUGAAUCGGUGCCAAUAACCACUUCUUUAGAGCUUGAACAAGUUGAUUAUAUUGCAACGGACAACCUGACUUCCGGUGUUGAUGCUGAGUUGAGGGAAUCCGUGCCAAUAUCCACUUCUUUAGAGCCUGAACAAGUUGAUUAUAGGGCAAUAGAUAGCUUGACUGGUGGUGUUGAUGCUGACUUAAGCGAAUUGCCACCAUCAUCUCCUUCUUUGGGGUCUGAACUUCAUGCUAAUGAUGAUGAAACAAGUAACCUCGUCGUGGAUGACUCAGUUGAUGCAAGUGAAUUGGAAAACUCAGUAUUGUUGUUGGAUGAUUUGGUUCCAUCCUCAGACUUGGAAAAGAAAAUAGAUGUUGGCAAUACUGAAAGAAGUGAUUAUGAAAAUCCAUUACUCAGUACUGUAGCAGAGAUACAUCCAAUUGAGUUGGCUAGUGAAGGGGAAAAUAUUUCAAAAACCGAGCUUUUACUAGUUUCUGGUGCUGCUUGCUUGCCUCAUCCCUCUGAGGCACUGACAAGUCGAGAAGAUGCUUAUAUUAUUUCUCCCCAACAAAACUGGCUAGUUGUGGCUGAUGGAGUUGGUCAGUGGUCACUUGAAGGGAGUAAUACUGGAGUGUAUAUCAGGGAACUCAUGGGAAACUGUGAAAAAAUUGUGUCAAAUUAUGAAAACAUUUCAACAAUAAAACCUGCAGAAGUUAUUAUCAGAAGUGCUGCUGAAACACAAUCUCCAGGGUCAUCUUCUGUUUUGGUUGCUUACUUUGAUGGACAGGCCUUCCAUGCUGCCAAUGUUGGGAACACUGGAUUUAUCAUUAUAAGACAUGGUUCCAUCUUCAAAAUAUCAAAUGCCAUGUUUCACGAAUUCAGUUUUCCGAUACAUAUAGUUAAAGGUGACGACCACUCAGAAAUCAUUGAGGAGUACAAGAUCGAUCUACACGACAGUGAUGUGAUUGUAUUUGGCACAAAUGGCCUUUUUGACAAUCUUUAUGAACAAGAAAUAGCAUCAACUAUAUCAAGAUCACUAGAAGCUAGCUUGAAACCUCAGGAUAUAGCAGAAAUUUUGGCGACAAGGGCACAAAAGGUUGGAAGUUCAAGAUCCACCAGAAGUCCUUUCGGUGAUGCAGCGCAGGCUUUGGGAUAUGUAGGUUAUGCAGGUGGCAAGCUUGAUGAUGUAACUGUUAUAGUGUCAUUAGUUCAAACUACAUAGCCAUGUCUCAUAUAUUUGUCUCAUUGUCUAUCUAUAUUUCACGUGCACAUACAACCGAACCAGUUGCUUAAAUUUAUCAUGAUACUGUGAAGAGAUGCAAUUUUUUCCAAUGAACUUUCCACCUACCUUGGGAUUAUUGCUGUAUAAUGGAUACCAUUUGUUAUGUAGAUAUCAGUUAAGGGGGUUUAGUGAGUGAAUGAUUAAGGAGAAAUGAAUGGAAGCAUUAUACAAUAUUCAUGCAACCUUCAUUUGUUUUAUGACUUUGU